GAUGUUUCCUGUGUUUACAUAUUUUUAACAAACAAAAUGUGCGUUGUAGUUAAUUUAAACUUGAGCAAAAAAUUCUCGUUUGAAUAAAGUUUGUCUAACAAGGAUAAAAAAUUAAAUUUAUAUCUAGUUUAAAUUUAAUAAGUGAGUUACUAUGGAUGAGUUUAAUCUUGUGGAAACCCACGAGAGUCGCAUGAAUGAAAUCCAGGAUCUUUCUGAUGUAGUUGCAAUUGCUAACUUGCAACUCAAUAAGUUAAUGAAGCAUUUGGAGUGGUCACGAAAAGAAAUAACAAAUGAGAAAUUAUUAGUGAGAUGCAAUUUUGAUCUAAGUCAUCGUGUAUCUUCUGUUCAAGCAAAUGAUCAUAAUAUCCUCUGUUCACUUCGAUAUUAUGGAUUUGGUGAUUUAAAAGUAAAGGAUAUUACACCAUCUAGUUUAUUUUUUUAUGAAGGUACAAAUGUAGUGCCAGUUGAGCUAGGUCAAGAUAUUUUUGAUAACUUAGGAGUUAAAAGUUUUAAAGUUGAACAGAAAAAUGUUGAUGAACAGAAAUCGUUAAUUGAGAAAAAUGAAGAUAUUAACUUUUAUAAACCUUGUAAUGCUCUUGAUGAAUUAAGAUUUAUAUAUUCCUGGGUCAAAAUUCCGAUCACAUAUAGCCAGUUAAAUGUAGAAAAAGUGCCAGCAGACAUUCUUUAUUCUUUUUUACAAGAAAAGUUGAACAACAUGAAAAGAUACAGUUUUUCGGUUGAAAAAGCAUUAAUUUUACUGACUAAUUGGUUAAAGGAAUCAAUAAAUCCUGAUAAGUUCACAGAGCAAGCAAAAAUAAUUUUUAACAAUGAAGCUGAAACUUUUGUAUUAGACUUAUGGAAGUUUGUUUAUGCCAAGUCUUUAUGUAUCUCCAAUAAUAUUUCAGAGCACACACGAAAAGAGUUUCAAUCUUUAUCUAGUGUAAGAAGACAGGAUAAUGGUAAUGAUUUGAUAAUUGGUAUCAAAUCUCCUCCUUCGGAUUGGAUUUUAUAUAACUUAACACGAGAGCAACGGUUGUCGAUGUAUGAAAAAGUUUGCGAGAUAGGACGUAUGUUCAAUCAGAGUAGUGAAUCAUUUGAAAAGUUGUUAAACGACACGGAGGAACAGAUGAGAGUUGUAGCAGCGUUUGCUGAUCGAGGCGAAAAAACUCAUCUAGAAGUCAUGGCUGAGUUACGAGAUUACAAAAGAAGAAGGCAAUCAUAUCGCGGAAAAAACAAUAUGACAAAAAAAUUAUUUUUUACUGAGGUUUUGCGUGAUCUCAUUGAACAACAAAUGCUGUAUUUAACAAUACUUUAUGAACAGCAGCAAACUGAAUCAGCAGUACAUGAUUCUCCACCAAUUGUUAUGCAGCACAAUAUAGAAGAAAGAAUAAAUAAUACUAAAAGCGAGAAUUUAGAAAGUGAAACUAAAUCUCGUUAUCUUAGUUCUGAAAAAACGCGUGAUCGUCGGUUUCAAGAAGAUCAUAGAGACAAUAAAUAUGGCCAUCGGAGAUUAAAUGAACGUCAGCAUAGAGAUCGUCGAAGAAGUCGGAGCAGAAAUCGGAGUAGAAGCAGAGAACGUAGCAGAGAAUAUCGAUAUCGAGAAAAAAGAGAUCGAAGAGAUAUAAAAGAAAUUAGCAACGUCACUGUAUACGAUAAUUAAAAACAGCGUCACUGUUUAAUAGCCUCAACAUUUUUACUUGUUCUAAUUGAUUAUCAUUAGUUUGACGUUGUAAGGAAAAAAAAUGGCUUGUAAUACAUAAAAAGUUUUUUCAA